GAGCAACGGUAAACGCGGUCGGUCGCCUCCCAAGGCAGAGAGGGCUGGAGAGGGCUUUAAACAGGUGUCUUAAGAGGCACCACUUCAAUUGACAAUGACAAGUAUAGAGGAAUUUAACUUUGAACUCGUAAAGCAGUACUUAAUAGAUAAAGGAGGCAAAGUUACAAACCCGGAACUCGUGAAACACUUCAGACAUUACUUGAACGAUCCUGUUCACAAAGAUAGCAUCCGACAAAAGUUUAAGGACUUCGUCAACAGGCUAGCGUGUGUGAAAGAAGAAAACGGCACAAAGUUUCUCAUACUGCGCAAUGAGUACUUCGAAGAGCUCCACAGCAGCAGGCGGGAUCUCUCACUUCCGUCGUACCCAUGCAUGGAAGAACCCGACAACUGCGGUGGAUUCAUGUCCCAGGACCAACCUAUGGAGUAUUCGUCACCUCCGCCCGGCCGCACUGCGCAGACACCACAGUGGAGGCAUUACUCCCCAGACUGUCCGAGAGCUGCAAGCGAAUGCCCGCCUCUUUCUCCGAUUGGCGUCAGCCGGAUCCACUCAAGCCCAUGCCUACUAGUGGACGAUAACUGUUACGAAGAUGUCCCACCUCCUCUACCUCAAAAGAAACAUUCGAUUGGUGGAAGCCCGAAAAGGCCUGACAUGCCCCUACCACCUCCAAGGGGACGGAAGAACCAUGGUCGUCGAGGUUCUCAAGUGGAGGAAAGGGUACGGCAAUUCAGCGUUGAGAAGGAGCUUGAGGGGAACGUAAGCGUGAAAAAAGAGAGCAUCCAGGACGUGACAGUGAGCCCCGGAACGGUAAAAGAAAAAACGCAGAUCAUCAAUCGCAUGGCCGAAAACUGCGGCGUCCCUGGAAAACCAGCGCUACCGUCCGGUGCCGUGGGGAACGCGGCCUCCAAACGCCGGGAUGGGCCCGGAGCGCGCACUGCGCCUGAUGAUGACACUACCUCAGUGAACACGUUGGACCCUCGUCGACGGGAGUGGCUACUCAGGGCGUCCCAAACGGACUACCACUCGCUGGUGCGGCUCCUUCGUGAGGACCCGGACCUCUACCGUUUCGAGGACUUCACGUCGGUAAGUGCAGCACAUUUAUGUUUAUACCGUAUGAAUCUUAUAGGCCGCGUUGUGUCCUCCGGACGGCGUAGGGCGUUGUUUUCGAAUGCUUGGACGUUGCGCGCGCGCUUUUUCUUUUUGUGCCGACGCCCGUGUGCUCGCACCCUCUUUCUGUCUUCUCUCCCAACCCCUGAACGCCCCCUCCUGUUGUGCUGCUGUGGCCGUGGCGUGGCUGUUCGUGCUCCCCGCUGUGGAACACCGUGCUUCGUUUGCGGGAUGCCUCUCGACCCGGCUGUGGACCUUGCCGACGAACAGUAUACGGCACUUCACUGGGCUGCCAAGUUUGGAAGCGCCGAAAUCGUUAAACUCGUAGCCGGCUCCUACGGAUUGAACCCAAACGUCAAGUCGGAAAUCAUGAUUUGUUUUAUGUACUUACAUUUCUCAAUUCUUGUUUCUUUUGCCUCCCUGUCCCAUGUGUGGCAACUUCACCAGGGGGGCUACACACCACUGCACCUUGCCUACAUGUUCAACCAGUACCACAUAGCAGAGUUGCUGCGUGCUUACGGUGCUGAUGCGAACGUCCGGGACAAUAGUGGCCGCAAACCGGGCCAAUACCAAAGGGGUGGAGUGCCACAGCCUGUCAGAACUACGGUGGUGUCUGGCUCCAAGACCGCCCCACAACGUAAGCACCUACCUAUGCCGCCUGAGCUUGCAGUGUCCAAUGAUCUGGGCCUUCAGGCCUUAGCAACCCCAGCGAAAGGCAUCUCGCGUAGCCAGUCAUUCCUGAGCCAAACCUUCCGUCGAGCUACGAGGCCACACGUCGGACUCAGAGCGUCUGCUAGACCCCGAAUCAAGUCCAUCUUCCAGUAGUCAGCGCCUCGCAACCAGUGACCUGUAGCAGCUGUGUGUGCUCUGUGCCUCUAUGAUGGUACUCUAUUGAUAGAGUACUCUUUCUUUUGAACUGGUGACUU